CAGUUGUAAUCAGACCAUCAUCUGAUCUAGGUCAGUCAACCCCUGCACAGACAGCACAAAGAACAGAGGCAUAUAGACAAGACGACGUGAGAGACGAGUGUAUCUCGUGCCCACUGUUUUACUUGUAUGUCUCACUUCUCUGGAGCUCAUCAUGAAGCACGCCACAACAGUCGCAGAUGUCUUAGAGUUCACAGAUUAUGACUACAACUACUCUUCUUACCCUGAUGACAGCGUACAUGAGGAUGACACUGCUGCUGCCCCUUGCAGUCUGAAGGAAACAUGGGACAUUCUCGGCCACUUUGCCCCCGUGGCUUACCUCCUAGUCUUUGUCUUGGCGCUAGUGGGUAACAUCCUGGUUCUGUGCGUGAUCCGCCGCUAUCGGCACUCUCGACACAGCCCCUGUUCCUUCUCUCUGACAGACACGUUCCUGCUCCAUUUGGCCAUCUCUGACCUCCUAUUGGCAAUAACUUUGCCAUUUUUUGCCGUGGAGUGGAUCCACGAGUGGGUCUUUGGAGUAUUCAUGUGUAAAAUAGCCGGAGCGUUGUUCUCGCUGAACGUGUAUUGCGGGGUGCUUUUCCUGGCCUGCAUCAGCUUUGACCGAUAUCUGGCUAUCGUACACGCCAUCAACAUCAGCUGGAGACGCAAGACCUGCCACGCUCAGCUGGCCUGUGCCGUCAUCUGGGGCGUCUGCUUGGGAUUGGCGAUGGUGGACGUGUACUACCGCAAUGUGGUGAACGUAUACGGCAUAAAUCGGUUGAUGUGCCAUGUAGAUUACUCUCAAGAGAACAGCCAGCAGUGGCAGAUCGGCAUGCAGCUGGUUAGCAUGAUUCUUGGAUUCAUAAUUCCUCUGCUGGUCAUGCUGUACUGCUACCUUCGCAUUUUCAAAGCUCUCUGCCACGCCACACGUAGGCAGAAACGACGCUCGCUGAGGCUCAUCAUCUCAUUGGUCAUUGUGUUUGUAGUCAGUUGGGCGCCUUAUAAUGCUUUACGGAUGACGGACAGCAUGCAGAUGCUUGGGGCCAUUGACAAAACCUGCGCGCUCAACAAGGUGUUGGAUGUGGGCACUUUCGUGACAGAAAGCCUGGGGUUGGCACAUUGCGCUUUAAAUCCACUACUCUACGGCCUUGUGGGGGUAAAGUUUCGCCGUGAGCUCACCCAGAUGUGCAAGGCCGCUUUAGGACCCCAGGGAUGCCUCGGAUUAGCAGGAUGGGCAAACGGUCGGGGAUCAACCCGCAAGCCUAAUGGAUCAUUCAGCUCGGUGGAGAGUGAGAAUACCUCGUACUUCUCUGUCAUGGCGUGAAAAGAGCGCAAAUGACAUGAACAAGAGCGCCAGAAUAGAAGUGACGGUUGUUAUUAUCUGGAAAUGGGAAGAAACCACACUUUCAGUUCUUGUAGUCUGAGAGAUAUUAAAACUUUUCUAUAUUCCCUUUUUUUUUUUUUUUUUUUUUGAAAGAUUUUCUAAUGCAGUUCUGUUGGAGGAGAAGACUUUGUCAUACAUUUUAUGUUGUUAUUGUUAAAGAUCUACCUGCAUGUUUUUAAAUAAGGAGAAUAUCAAAAAUGUACCACUUUUUUGCAGAUUUUGCUGCAUUUUAGCUAUAGGCUUUAUAUAGCUAUAUCUUCAUAUUUUAUAUAUUUUAUAUUUUCCAAACAUUACAUGCUCAGACAAAAAAAUUAUUUCAGAAAAAUGCUGUAUAUUUUCAACAGUUCUGUCUUUGUGGCAGCUGUAAUUGUAACAAUGAAACGUCUAGAUCUGGUGUCACAAACAGGAACUGAAAACAGACAUCACAUCCACCUUCUUUACUUUUCUUUUUUAUUAAUACUCUUUAUAAAUAACGCUGUAACAUCAAAUUGAGCUCUGUUUUAUAUUUUAAGUAAUUGACAUAUAACACAUCACAUACAUUACACAAUAGAUAUGAACAUGACAGGAUGCUUUCUCCUAAUGUCAUUUUUGUAAAACGUUUCUUUUGUUAUUUUUAAGUUCCAUUAAACUUGUGAUACAGA